AUGCUACAAGACUAUCUCCUAGCGAGGUUUCGUUCCUGGGCCCCGGCUCCUCCUGCCGUGGAGGAGAGGAGCACCCGUGACGUCACACUCCUCUUUGACUUGCAGGCCUUCAGUUUCUUACACGAGCACGUGAUCUAUAGGGUGGAGAAGAAGGAAAACAUACCGCCGUGGGUCGCCGUGUACUGCGGAGGUAAAUCAAGAAAAACUAUAACCAACCUAGCUCCAAGUCAUCCGCACAGGUUUCGUCUUAAAGUGAUUUUGAAAUCAUCGGCUGUAGCGGCGGCUGCCAUCAAACACUUCGGCGACGAGACAACUGUUUAUGAAAGUUUGGAGGGAGAUAAUAAUUCAGAUAACAAACGACAAAAUUGGAGUGAAGUCAACAAAGCAGAUUUCGUAAACACAAUAGUCUGUGAUAAAAAGCCUUUGUCUUCCCGAAUGUUUGAAGGGAAACUUGAAAAAAGUCCUGAAAUUGUGGAGUCACAGUACUCUGAGGAGCUGUGGACGAGUACGGAGUCGGAGGGCACAUCCGUCGCCUGCUUCUGCCUGGCCGUCAGCUGCGGAUACUUGAAGCAGGUACAACAAAUGUUAGAAGAGCGUCCAGAGCUGGUGUCCAUCAUGAACUCUAAGAGCGGGUUCACACCGCUCGCCACGGCCGCCAGGAAGGGUGACGUGUCUAUGGUGCGGUUCCUUCUCUCAUUCAGUGUUCCUUUGGAGCAGCCGUCCUCCGGAGGGCAGACUCCUCUGAUGCUGAGCGUGCUCGGGGGACACGCGGCUGUGGCAGGGUUGUUAAUGGAUCGAGGAGCUGACUUAAAAGCUCGUGAUAUAAAUGGUCUCAGUGUUGAACACUACGCCGUGGACUCGUGUCGCACGGACCUGGUCGCUCUCGUCCUGGACAGGGGGGGAGACGUCCACGUCAGGGACAGUAACCUGUGGACACCGUUAUUUAGAGCCGUUUGCCAAGGAGCGAGUACUGCUAUGAUCGAGCUGCUGCUCCGCCGCGGCAGUCGGCUGGACGUGACGGAUCGCCGACACCUCACUCUGACCGCAGCCGCUCGUCUCUUGAAAGACCGGCACGGUGGGCGGAGGGACUCUGUUCUACGUCUUGUUGAUACUCAAUACCAACACGAAAAAAUCGUUGCUAAUUUCACCAGACUCACCAAGAAGAUAUCCAGCGUGCGCACACUUAUGAACAUUAAAUGAUUCUACUGUAAAUGUCUACGUAUUAUAACGAUUUGAUUACGAGUUACUUUACAAGUGUUAUAUAAACUUCAACCAAAA